UAACUUUACUUCACUUAAUAUGCUAGACCAUUGUAAGAUGUAUGUGCGAGGGUUGUCGAGGUUAAGCGUUCUUAUUCAAAUUUUAGAGAUUUCAAUUAUCGCAUUAUUUAUCUAAGGUGCUCAUAUUUUCAGGUAAAUUAAUUUUAAAUUGUUAUGAUAUUGCGGAAAUAUGAUAUGGGACGAGCUUGAUAUUAUGGACAUUUUUCUUUGGCGAAUUUUGAAAUUUUGAAUUAUAAUAAAAUGACAGGAAAAAAACGUGUAUAACUUUUAAAAGUGGCGGAGUAAAGAAUAGGUAAAAUAAACAUUGUUGUAAUGCGAUACCAACUGAAGUUGUGGAUAGAACUGUAAAUUUUGGAUAUAUUUGAACUUAAAUGAUUCGAAGUAUGACCAACACACAUAUUAUUUCGGUCUGGGUUUUGUUCUUUUAUAAAGUCUAUAGUGAGACAUGUAACGAUGAUCCGAACUUUACACGAGACGGAAAGUCAUGUGACAAUCUGGUCCAAUCGUCUACGAGAAAAGAAUGUUACGAACCGGAAGUAGAAUCUGCUUGUUGUCAUUCUUGCACACAAGUUCGUUUAGAUGCUCCAGGUUGUUUAUAUGGAGAUCGUGCGGUGUGUAUAAAGUUUUUGUGUGACCAAUAUACAGAUGCCGAGGUCACAUGCUGUGAGACAUGCGGAACUUUACCUUUGACAUCUACAACUGAUCAACCUGUAACAUCAGUUUCUAAAACGUCUACAAAGGCAUCAACCCUUUCCACGACGUCAGUGACUUCUUCAACGUUUAAAAUUGCAAGUGAGCUUUUAAGGAGUUCAACAAAGCUAGAUAUCAUUACAUCUAACGGCUUAACAACCGAGUCAAACAUUACAACAACUAGUGCUAAAAUAACUUCUGACAAUACGCCAACCAGUGCCAUAACAGCUAGUGUAUUGCCUGACAAUGUUACAACAACUUCCGCUACAAUUGCACAAGAAACUAUAAACGCUGCUUCAACUUCCGGUGUAACGAUUAUUACAAAAACAUCUGAAACAACAACAACCAGUAAAAUAACAUCUCAACCAACGGAACUUACCACCCCUCCCAACACAACCAUUGCCGUGACAACGUCUACCAUGUCGUCUACUCCUAUAAUAAGUAAGUUGACAACAACAACAACAAUGACGACAGAACCACAUGUAGGGACAACUACUAGUGUAACUGCAUCCACGUCAACCACCUCAACACGUGCAACAAGUGAGAAACCUACAAGCGGAAAAUCCACAGAAACAAUUACUAACACUGUCGGUCUAGGGACAACACCUUUAACAACACCUUUAACGACAAAGUCAUCUACCACAACAAAAUCAACAACAACAAGUAGAAGUUCAACAACAGUAACAAAAGAUAUAGAAACAACAAACUCACAUCCAUCUACUUCCGUACAAACAUCUCCUGUUGAUAGAGGCCAGUUUAGUACAGCAAUAGUGACAACAGUUCCAACUGAUACUACAUCUACUUCCGUUGUUACUGUACCAACUUCCGUUGUGGUGACUGAACCAACUUCCACAUCUGCAAUAGAAACCACUACCUCAUCCCCUACAACUACCUCAAUGUCUACUUCCCCUACAACAGUAUUCGUUACGACCAAUGUCGUCCCAGUUACUUCCGUAUCCGGUUCCACUAUAUCUACUUCCGGUUUUACAGAUUCAACUUCUAUAUCGACAACAACAAAACUUACUACAACUGCUACUAGUCCUAUUACAACUGAACCUAUAACAACCAAAACAUCCACGACAAGCCCUGAUACAACAGUUUUAACGUCUGCAGACAUGCCUCUAACAAGUUCAACAACUGCAGCCAAAACUUUGAAAACUGUAUCUACCGUAGCUUCAACUACAUCCAGUUCAACUUCUACAUUUUCAACUAAAAUUCUGUCUUCAACAAGUACAACAAUGCCGGUUCCAAUAACUUCAACAUCUUCCAGUACAUCUUCUUUAAUAGCCACAAAGCAAAACACGCAAACACCCCGUAUUACAGUUACAACUCCGACUCCCGAUGUUGCAACUAAUUCUACGACUACUACAGUUUCUUCAGAAAACGAAAGUGGUGAAACUCGUAAGACUUUAUUUUCAAAAAAUAAUACACACAUAAUUUUUUUUUAUUUCCAGAGCCUGUAAGUAAUGUUAUUUAUCUAAUAUAAAAGCUGUUUAUUGAA